AUGUUUUCACCUCCAACGUACUUUGCAACUACUACUACCGGCUCAGUGGACAUCCCCAAGGGAAGUUUAAAAUAUCGCAGCUUUCGACACCACGUCUCCGCUCUCGAUGACACCAAUCUCGAUGAUCCGGCGGGUCAGGCACAAAUACGUGAAUCUCUUGACUACGUUGAUGAUUUCAAGCCUUACAAACAUGGUGUUUACCACCCUACCAAUGAUGGACACACACUUCCAAACCUCGCAGACGGCAACACUGACCCGGAGAUAUUUGCCUCGACCUCAUUUAAUGUAACACGUACCGAUAGCUAUCCUAGUAACAAGGGACGGCAGUCAAUUACUGUUCUCUCCUUUGUACCUCGAGUCGAUAUUUUCCAGCGAGGCAUUGAUAAUCGAAGUCAUCAGGCUCGUCGAGACUACUUCUCUGGUUCAAGGUCUUCCAACACCUUUUUUAUGGGUGAUACAGAGGGACGCUCAUCACACCCCACCUCCUCACCAAAUGACCAACCAGACCUGCCACAAAGGUCGACUCAGCGUAGUAAAAGUGUUUCCGGACAAGUGGAGAGUACAAGCACAGGCACAAACCUCCAAGCUUGCAUCGUAAGAGCUGGAAUGAAGGAGACACAAGAUAACAUACCCAACGGAAGAAUGUACAGCCGAUCCUGUUCUCGAUAUCGCAGUACAGAUAUUGAUGUCGCCUUGGCAAACACUGCCAUUUUGCGUGAGAAUCUUGCAGGAACUUCCUUUAAUGAUGAUAGCCAGAAAAGGAAAAUGGCUUCUUCACUGUUCGAUCUCUCGGCUAGAAGGCAAUUUUCAAUGUCAAAUAACCUGCAAUUCUUGAGUGGAAAGUCAACUAACUCCCUUCUUGAGACUGAUAUAGACACCGGAGAGCAGAAAAAUCAGCAGAUUAUUCUUGAGACUGAUGUGGAUACAUUGAACACGUACAGACUAGUUGGUGGUUUCGCCUCUGCGGAUCAAGGACCAAUUCAGUCUACCAACGAUAAGACUUAUAGUUUAUUUAAUUUGACCUACCUCAAUAGCACAGGGCAGUCCCGAAGGCCUUUGGCUGACGAUAAUAAACAUCAAAGUCGAGCAGACGCACAUAAACGAGCUCAAAGUUUGUCAGGAAUAACCAAGUCUAUUGAUAACCAAAGAUCUGAGUUGAAACCUGGUGCAUCUAGCCUUGUAGCUCGUUUGAGAGCCAGAGCUCGUUCCAACCACGAAUUGCGGGUGGCUGAGUCGUUAACCAGGAUCCAUGUGCCUGAAUGGUUGGACAAGGCAGACCUCUCAAAACCCCUAUCACCUCUCCAUACCUCACCAUCACCACCACCACCACCGCUUGAAAAGAGCACCCUACCCUACAGCAGAGCAUCACUGCCAUCGACAACUGUGGUUCAAAGCGCAUUUACCAAUGGAGUUGAAGAAAGGUUUCUGAAGGGCAAAACGGUUGAAACUGUCGCCAAGCCGGUGUGGUCUCUCGUUCCCCCAUUAAAGACCGAGAUCCAUCGUCCCCUUAGACCUAGCCAAAUCCUCAGAGAGCGAAAUGCCUCAUCUGGACCAAAAUUGGUUCCAAUUAAGUCCUUGCUGAGGGGUUCUAUGAAAAGUCAGAUUACAGAAAGAGCUGAUGAUUCCUCGAUUGAUCGUGGGGUUGUUCUUCGGGCAGGCGGUUCUGUAGCCUCAUCACGCCCUGUUCACCUAACUCCCGAGGAUUUUUUCACUCGUGACGAAAAAAUUUGGGGCCAUAAAUUUAAUCCCCAUAUCCUCCUACCUAUGAAAACUCAAUGUCGAAAUGGUCAUUCCGUUCGUAUAAAUGGUGAAGCACGGUUAUCAGAUCCAAACGAUAGCGGUGGUAGCAUUAAAGUGGCUGAUUCAGAUAGCGUAGUCGAGAACCAAUUCUAUCAAUCCAUGGAAAUAGGCGAAAUUCAAAAGUCACUCAGUCGGUCCUCAGAUGAAGAAAUUUAUGAGGAAGUGAAACGUUCAGCAAAACUUGUGCCACCACUAUCGGUACCCAGAACAUCACCAUCAGCUUCAAUCAUCAGUACUCCUGCUGCUACCUCGAAUCCCCAUAGUCCCACGUGGCACAAUGCAGACUCGGAUGGGGAGACAGAAACUGCGGCAACCGAUGGACUUGACAAUAUUUCUGAUCUUACCUGUCUAACUGACCUAUUGGAUAAGUACUCUGCACGACAUUUCACUCUUCUGCAAAAUCGUCCAUCUGCUCUGGAGAACAUUCUCUUACAGUUUGGUUGGUGGUCAAAUGCACCCAACACCGGCCUUAGACAGCAAUCGCGAGAAUCUGGCGACUACGUAGCUCUAGCAGCAAGCUACUUUAACCCUGAUGAAGACAGCCAUCGUACUGAGUUUUUUGCAUUGCUCACCAGUCCUGCAGGUCAGGGACCAAUGAUUCUCACUGAGUAUGGGUUCGAUCAGAAGCGCAUUGGUCUCGAUAGAAAUCCCAAAGAUGGUAUGCUCUACCUGCAUUGUAACAAUCCCUCCUGCCCACGGAUGGGACCCGCUCGAGUUGAUAGAGUCCGCUCGUGGCGAACCUGCACCAACUGUUUCACCGCUUACUGUUCACCUAAGUGUAGAGAACAGGCCCUUCCAAUCCAUAACAUGGUGUGUAAUUUCGGACGAAUACGACUUGUCUGUGGGCGGAUUCUGCACCACUUAGCUCCCAGUCAGCAAUCGAGCCUAACAGCACUAGCGAAGGCUGGAGCAACACGUCUUGGCCGUGGUGGAAUUCUCAUCACUUUCGCCUCUGUUCAGGAUGCUGAAUUUUUCCUAACUAGAAGCACAGACCUUCCAUUGAGGCAGCCGCAACAGCAACCAGAAGUUGUUUCUGCGGGUCGGCCUGGUCCCUCAGGUCUUAUCGCUCCGCCGAUUUAUCUCACAGUGGAGGAGUUGAAUAAACUAGACUCUAAGUUAGCAACUCCUUGCAAGCUGUACAAGCCCAGUGCCAGUUAUGUACUAAUUGUGAUCAUCUGCGCAUACGAUCUGGAAAUGAUGAAAAAUGGGCGAGCUGUACAUCUAUACAAACAGUGCAUCAUUCUCCCUUUUCCGGUGACUGCUGCAAAGGUGGCAACACCAACACCUCAAAUUAAGUCACCACGUCCCAAGGUGACGACCAUCUCAUGGACAAGGCCAAAAACUACCAAAGAGGAAAGGGAGGCCUACUCAAAACAACUUCAGCGUACACUUAGAGAACGAGGCGUAAGUCUCCGAAAUAGUGAACCAGAGGUCUAUAAGCGGUUGUCGAAAUUCGUGGAGACAGGAGAGACUUUUGAACCAGUAGAGUUUGACUUUAAUGACUAUUAUUCCAAUCAGGUUAUAACGUGCAAGAUUUCACCCAUGGAAGAUGUUGUGAUCCAUCAGAAGAAGGAUUCCGAUGCCAUUGUUGCGCAUGAAACCCAGCACCUAAAAGCCUAUCCGAAGAAGAAAUCCUACAAAAUUUCAAGGCCUCGAAUAGGUGAAACCGAGUUACCCAGGUACUCACAUACCGACCUAGCCUGCGUGCAUCGCUCCGUGACGAUGGAACGAUAUAUGAGCGAUGAUUCUGGCGCUGAUGAGACCUCUGAGUUGAACAGAUUGUCUAAACUUUUUAGGGGAUUCUUUGAUAGGAUUGUUCCGUAUACGCUUUUUCGAUGGUUAUUUUUCUUUGGUGUUUUGGCAUUUUACAUUAUUCGUGUGGCCUAUCUCCAGGGCUUUUUUGUUGUCUCAUAUGCCUUAGCCAUAUUCAUUCUCAGUCAGUUUCUUGGGUUUCUGACACCCCAGUUCCAAUUCAACGAUGAGAACAGUGAUCCGCUCCUCCCUACAAAUUCGGACGGUGAAUUUAGGCCCUUUAUGAGACGACUAUCUGAAUUCAAGUUUUGGAGACAUUGCACGACUGCCACGAUCAUAUCGGUAUUUUGUACCUUCUUCUCGUUUUUCGAUCUUCCCGUAUUCUGGCCAAUUUUGCUGAUCUAUUUCCUGACUCUUUUUUAUGUUACAAUGAGGCGCCAAAUUGAGCACAUGAUACGUUACAAGUACCUGCCCUUCACCUACGGGAAACCACGACCCCAAGGUAGAUCAGCACCGCAAUCCAUCUAA